AUGUCAGAACAAGCCGCGGACGACGGAAUAACGCAUGACAGCUGGAGUGUCAGUAACGAGAUACAUCAUGGGGCAAAGUCCUUGGAGUCAGAGUCAGAGGCAGAGCCAAUCUGUAGGAGGAGAUCAGUUUCGCGCCCUCGCCUACCUUUCCUAGGUACAUACGCAAUCUCUUCGGUUCCUCAUCCGCAUCUUUUCCGUCCCCUUUCGACGACUCAAUCUCCACGACUUGAACCUUUCGUGCCUUUCGAAGACACUCUACUUGACGGAUUCGACAUCGAAGCUCUGGACUUAAAUUUGUUCUAUUCAAUCGACGGUUCCACGGAUUACCAGGAUGAUGUUUUUCUUGAUGUGAUCACCUCAAUUCCAGAGUCACAAAUUGUUGAAUCACAAUCGCAACCAAAUGUUCCGGACGAAGCCGAAGUCCUAGUCUCGGAGGCUCCUGAUGAACUAGAGAUCCGGUCAUCUCGAUCUGUUGCUCAUUCUUCGCUCACACAACAUGAUAUUAGUGUUGACUGGACCUCUAUCUACAAGGGCUAUUGGGGCAACAACUGCUUAUCGGCAUUGCAUCCCGUCUUCCACAAGAUCACAGAUCUCAUAUCACAAGUCCCGGUGCUCGAGGACGCCAUUGUUGCUUUGGCGGCUUGUAAUCUCAGCCGUUCUUCGCCAAAGCCGAAAUCUCCUGGAGUUGCCGGCAAUGUAUCAUAUCAACCUCAUCCAGAGCAUUGGGCUUCGAGUCAGCAACACUAUCGCUCGGCCUUGACGGCAACUCGACACAUGACCGAAGCAGUGACUCAGGGUAUGGAUCCACAAAUUACCAUGACUAUACUAGUGUUGUUUUCGUGCUUGGAAUCAUCCAUAGGCAAUUUUCUGCGAUUUCACAAUCAUUCCAGAGGUAUAGCAAAUCUUAUACGGAGACUCUCGACCGGCCUCGAUCCCACAUCAUCCAUGACGGAUAUUCUAGCUGCAUGGAUGCAAACAAGAUACCACAGCUGGUGGAUUCGACUGUACUUCAGCACAUUCACUUUCCAGCUAGAGCAGUCUUCGCUAUCGGCUCCGGAAUCCCUGGAAGACAAUAUAGAAUCAAACAGCGUGCGGAGGGCAAUGAUAUUAUCUAUCCUCUGCGAGUCUCACCGUCUUCACCAAAAGAUGUUACUCGGCACAUUUCUUCUUGCCUCGGAUCAAACGACCAUCAACCUUGAUAGUACAGACCAGCGGUAUAAAGCCGGCAUGUAUCGAGAGUUACUAACACUUCAAGCCGAGAAAUUGAUCAUUUGGGAACAAAACCUACCACUCGCAGACUUGCCAGCGAGUCUAGAAGGCGAAGUACAGUACCUUUUCCCUGAAGGCUUACUCGUAACUCCGUUACAGUUCUCGUCGCACAAUGCUGCGAUGAACUAUGCCUAUUUUAUUUCAGCUCGGCUCAUGCAAGAUGCGCCAAUAGAUCUGAGCGGCGAGCACAUCACAGAUUCCGACCAUUGGGUUUUCUUAUUACUCAGGAUCACGGCUGGCAUCGACCGGCAGACUUGCCUCCGUGACAACACUUAUACUAUCGGAUUGUCGAGUUUGCUAUUAGCGGCUCUGUUGCACACUUGCAGUCUAGACAUUGGUAUUUGGAUCGAGGACUGGCUGCAAGGCUUUCAGAAAAACGCUCAAAAUCCUGCCCUUGAGGAGGGCAGCUUUCCGCUGGCACAAAUCACCACUGUCGUUUCGGUCAUCAACCAACAGAGACGCCUCGGUCGAAACGUAUUUGCCGUCUCUCAAGCUGAAGACGAUGGAGGUGGUAAUGGUAAAGUUGAUUCUUAUGACAGCCAAGAUAUCAAGGUUGUAUGGUUGCAUGGCAGGGAAAGAGCGACUGGUGCGCGUUUUCAAGAGCCUGUCCGCUUCGGAGCAUGA